AUGAAGCAGCCGGUAGAGGAGCAGACUGAUAGAACAGUAAAAAUACUAGAAGGAAAAAUCAGAGAAAUAAUAGAAAAAGAGGGCAAGCAAGCCACCAACGAGGCCAUGUGGCACGGCGCCUUUGAUCUACUCAAAGAGUCGCUCGACACAAGCGGAGCCUACGUAGACGAAAGUCUUAAAAUAGCCUCCAAGUACGCCCCAGAGCAGCUAAACGAGAGAGCCAACGAAGUAAGAGAGUAUCUGUCAAAACUGGCGCAUUUAACAAACGAGCAGAAAUGGAAAGAGAAGGACUUCUAUCAGCUCAUGCUCAAGACAGUGUUCACUCCAGAGGCAUACACUGACUCAGACCUGGUGGACAAAGUCAUUGACCUGUGCACAAGCACAUCCCCAAAGAUAAGGAAGAGAGCUCUUCCUGUUCUGAGAAGGGUGAUAGAGCACGAAAACACAGCUGCACAGGAGAGCAAGACAUUCAACAAAAUAGUUGCAAAGGUAGAGGCUCUUUCUGCCAGCAAUGUGGAGUACUCUGGGAAAAUAAUAUCCAUUCUCGGGCAGCUACAGCAGGAGAUAGCAAAGUACGGAGCAACAGAGAGAAUGCUGGAGAUAGCGCGCGCAAUCCAGGAGGCAUCGCCAAAGAUGAGCAUCCCUGCCAUCACUUUCAGCGAGUUUCUGCUCGCAGCCAACCCUGCACAGUACCUAGACAAACACAUCUUCCUCGCUGAAGCAUCAGCCCACAAGGGAUGCACCACAGCUGAGGAGCUCUCCAUUCUGAUUAAGUAUCUGAUAGCCAUCUUCAAAAACAGCUCAGUGCACUCGUUCCAGACAGGAGCUGAGUUUGUGCUGGAUGCAGAAGGAUCUCCGCUUGAGCAAAUGGUCAAAGACGUACUGAAAGCAGAAAUGGACAGGUCUCUGCCAAAUAAAAUAGACGCAGAGGUGUAUGCAGUGGUACACGAGCUCGUCUCAACACUGAAGUCGCGCAUGUUCCCAGGAUUCAAAAAAGUGAUUGUCCUUUUGGCUCAGUACUGCUUCAAAGAGAACGACCUCAGAGUUGCCAAAGACAUAGAGAUUAUCAUAGGAAGCAUUGGAGUCGACAAGUUCAUGAAAACCAUCAAGGAAAAAGAGUUCUACUUCUGGCUGCCCAUGAUAAAGGCUGCAGUGCACUCCACAGACAUUGAGGUGUUCGUGCGCAGAUUCGUCCCAGAGAUACAGGCGCUGAAGAACGCAGAGGACAAGAAAGAGAUAUACGAGGCCCUGUGGUCCUGCUUCCCCUCUUUCUGCCGCGGCAUGAAAGACUCCAGCGGCCUACUUAAAUCGCUCAUCCAGCAGAUUCCACUGUACCUGAACAAUCCUGCAGUUAGGGGAUACAUCUGCCAGGGGCUCUCUGUGCUUGUUGAAGAGUCGCAGAGGGAGAUGGUUGCACACCCAGAAUCAGUGCCAUUCCGCACAGGCAUUCUGAAGACGCUUUCAUCUGCUGUGGACAUAUUUGAGAAAAUACUCUUCAGAUUCAAGAAAGACCAGACAGAGAAUGAAAGAGAAGCCAUUCGAUCGCUCUCCAAGGUUGUAGACCCAGAGUGGCAGAACAAGUACUACUCGAACAUAAUCAACACAGCCUUUGUGACAGUUGGAGAGCUGCACACAGGAGAGCUGAGACCCAACCUAGAAAGAAAAGAGACAGACGUGCCAGAGCCAGAGAGAAUAUUCAUUGACAAUGCGCCAGUGCUCGAAGUAAUAGCAGGAGCUCUCGUUGGAAACAGCACAGUAACAGAAGGAACACUAAGAUACAUCGUGUCCACCCACCUAAGAACACAAAAGAUGGCAUACAAGGUGCUGCUUGCGCUUGUGCAGGCUGGAUUUGUGUCAAACUCCCUGGUUGACUUCUUCAUGGACCCAAGAACUGACCAAGUGCUCUUCCACUGCAGUAGACACCUGAGACUGCAGGUGCUGCACACACUUAUCAAGCAGUGUGGGGUAAAUGAUGACGCCGUUAUAUGCCGACUAAUAUUCGAAGUCAUCAGAGCAGUGCGAACAGAGGGAGGGCGCAACAGAAAAGUGUCAUUUGACAUUGUGAAUGAGAUGGCAGUUACGUACCCAGCGGAUAAGCUCAAUGCAGUGUGCAAGAUGGCUGCAGCAGGCAUCCCAGGGGGCCUUGUUGACUACCAGGCUGGAGCAAUCGUGACUCUCACGUCAUUUAUGUACCACGGGAGAGAGAAGAUCUCAGAAGAGGUGAUGGAUAUGGCAUUCGAUAUGAUGGAGUCUCUUUCAGCGGACAAGAAGUACGCAGUGGCAAAGGCCUCGAUUGGGCUCAUGUCUACUCUUCUGAUAGAGCUGGAUCAGUUAGACAAGUACAUGGAGAGAGCGCUCAUCUGCGUGGACAGGAUAAUAUUCCACUUCAAAAUGAAGCUGCACGAGAACCUCAAGCUCCUCCUGAGAAAGAUAGCAGAGAAGAGAGGAACAUGCGACUUCUCGCACCCGCAGAAAACCCUGCUAAACCACAGGCCCGUGAACAGACAGGAGGAGAGGGAGAGAAUAGUCACAGACAGAGACGGGAAGAUGCGGAUAAAAGAGCAAUCUAUCGUAGACGCACCGAGAAGAAAGAAAGUGAGGAGAGACUAG